AUGCCGUCCCCACACCCGACUAAUGCUACUCACUCCACUACGCCUUUCUCUCAUAGUGUUAUCGCAGGUGGUAUUGCAGGUAUGGUGGAGCUUACUGCAAUGUACCCUCUUGAUGUUAUCAAGACGAGAGCUAUGGCAGGGACAGGUCGACAGAAAAACAUGUUCAUGGUGUUAUUGAUGAUAUACUCUGUACUCACCAGAGCAAUCAAAGAUGAGCGUAUUCGUAUCUAUCGCGGAAUGCUCUUCCCCUUACUGUCUGAGACACCCAAACGGGCUCUCAAGUUUUCUACUAAUGCUCAGUUGCGAGAUAGUUUUCAGAGCUUAGUCCAGGCUCGGAUACUCCGGCCAGACGCUAGCAUUAAUGAGUGGUGUAGGAGCUGGUAUAUGCGAGGGAGCUAUAGUAUGCUCACCAGAACUGGUGAAGAUACGUAUGCAGCUACCCGAAAACAGAGGCCUCUACUCCUCGAGCAUACAG